GAAGUGAAAGAAGAAGAACGCCGUCGUAUGCUAGCUAUAAUGACAAGUUGCUAAGCAGUUAUUGAGACUUGACAGAGCAUAAAUGUGAAGAACGAAGCUGCGGAAAUACUCGUGUAGCGCUGCGGGUAGGAUAUGCAGCGCUCCAAAAGGUAAUGAGCCGUAAAGCCCCGGGGUCUCGGCUCAGCGGCGCCCACAAACUGCGGCCACACUGGAACGACUGGCAGCCCAGAGGUGACGGCGUGUCAUCCCUACAGGAUAAAGUGAAGUCCAGAGAACUUGGUUCUGGACCACUAUAUGACGUAUUGCCCUCCACGUGCCCUGAACAGCCUCCGCUCCACAGUGAUGCCUACGUUGCUGCAGAUGCACAUCAGGAGGAGGCUGGAUAUGAAGUUGAGCCCAGUGUGUGUGAUACAGCAUUUGGUUGGAAGUCGCUGGGGGAAGAGUUGAGGCCCAAUGACGUGACGUCGGAUCUGACUACUUUUCAGCAUGGAAAUCGUGCUUUAGCUUCAAAGGAAAUGAGGAAAUCGCAGGACAGAGGGAUGGCUCACUCGGAGGAGUCUCGACUGGCCAACCUCCUGCGCAGAGUCUCCAGGGAAGACGACCGUGACCGCAGGUUGGCCACCCUAAAGCAGCUGAAGGAGUUCAUCAGCCAUGGCGAGAGCAAAGUGGUCAGUCAUGUUCACGUUGUUUUCCUUUUGACCAUCGUAGUCACAAGACUACAGUGCAUCAAACCACAGUUGCUGUUCACAGCUAGGAAUGUUGUGCCGUCUUCUUUUGCAGUAAUCUGUCUCACCCUGUGUGUCUCAUUUCAGACCAUGGUCAAACAGCUGGACACCAUCCUCAGCACCUUGAAUGAUAUCUUGAAUGAGAGCAGUAAGCUGCUGUGGGAGCUGCGUCAGGAAGCAGCGGCCUGCGUCGGCCUCCUCUGCACGGUGCUCAGCUACGAGGCGGAACGCAUCUUCAAGUGGCUUUUCACAAAGUUUAACUCUGGUGGUCGUGAUGAAGUGAAGCUGCUGUACCUGGUGGCAGCACAGCGGGCUCUGGAGGCUGCCGGGGAGAGGAAGGCCUUCUCUCACAUUAUGCAGCUGGUGAUGAGCAACCUGCAGUCCAUCUUGGAGAACGUGGACACCCCAGAGCUGCUCUGUCAGAGCGUCAAGUGUAUUCUCCAGGUGGCCCGCUGCUACCCGCAUGUCUUCAGCACCAACUUCCGGGACACAGUGGACAUCUUAGUGGGCUGGCACAUCGACCACACCCAGAGGCAAUCACUCACUCAGCAGGUUUCAGGUUGGUUACAGAGUCUGGAGCAGUUCUGGGUGGCAGACCUCACCUUCUCCACCACCCUACUGGGCCAGUUCCUAGAAGACAUGGAGGCAUAUGCUGAGGACCUGAGUCAUGUGACGUCAGGUGAGGCGGUGGAUGAAGACAUCCCCCCUCCUUCUGUGUCCCUGCCCAAGCUGGCAGCUCUGCUGAGGGUCUUCAGCACCGUGGUCCGCAGCAUCGGAGAGAGAUUCAGUCCUGUUAGAGGACCCCCCAUCACUGAAAUCUACGUCAAUGAUGUUUUAAACCGAGUUCUGGCGUGUGUGACUGCAGCCAAGCAGGUCCAGUUCUCCGAGGCCGUUCUCACAGCAGGGAAUGAGUGUGUGGGUGUGUUGCUGGCCAGUGUGGAGCCCACUGGUCAGCUCAUGGAGGCGGUCCUCGCUUACGGCCUGGACCAGCUGGACUGCUGCCUGGCCUGUGGCUCCGACUACAGCCUGGCUGUCCUCAGUCUGCUCACUCUGAUUGUGGAUCAGGUGAACACCAAACUUCCUGUGUCGUUUGUUGAGAAGCUCCUGGCUCCGGACUCCCAUCUUCUGAAUCUCCGUUUCCAUCCAGAGAAGGAGGUGAUGGCUGCUGUUCACAGUGUCUACCAGGCUCUGCUGAGCCUCAAGAACAUCCCCACCCUGGAGGCAGCCUAUAAGCUGGUGCUGGGUGAGAUGGCGUGUGCUCUGUGUAGCCUGAUGGAGAGCCUGGUUCCCCCCGAGAGGAACACGGCGCCGGGCAGCACAUGCUCAGCCAUCCAGCACCCUGCUUUCACCUCUCUCAGCAUGCCUCUGGACAAAGCUCAGUUCACCCUGAUCUUCAACCUCAGCACCCUCACCACUAUUGGAAACACCAAGAAUUCCCUCAUAGGGAUGUGGGCAUUGAGUCCAACAGUCUUCACUCUGCUGAGUCAAAACCUGACUGUGGUUCACUCUGAGCUGGCUGUGUUCUACCCUGCCAUUCAGUACGCUGUGCUCUACUCCCUGUACUCACACUGCACCAGACACGAUCAUUUUAUCUCAUCCAGCUUGUCGUCAUCGUCUCCCUCCCUGUUCGACGGAGCCGUCAUCAGCACGGUGACCACCGCCACAAAGAAACACUUCGGCACACUCCUCAGUCUCCUCGGCAACCUGCUGUCAAAGGAGCACCUUUACCCAGAUGCCAGGAAGCUCCUGUUGACCUGGGCCCAGGAAGUGUCUCUGCUCAUGGUGAAGUCAGACACCUACAGCCCACUCUUCUCCCUGCCGUCAUUCAGCAGGUUCUGCAGAGGCCUGCUGGAUAAUGCUCUACAUGAAGAUCACAGUAUCUGCCUUCAAACAUCCCAUAGCUUACAGGUCCUCUCUCCAUGCCUGUCUACUGAGCUACUGCAGAGGUGCAUGGACGUGUGCAGAGUUCAGCUGGUGCACUCGGCAGUAAGAGUACGCCAGGCCUUUGCCAAACUUCUCCGAACCAUUCCCCUGGACGUGGCUCUGAGCAACCAUAGCCAAUCUGAGGUCAGAGAGAUUUCUCUGGCUAUUCGCCACCACAUGAGCCGGGCACCAAGCAGCACUUUCCACCCCCAGGACUUCAGUGACUUAAUCAGCUUCAUCUUGUAUGGAGUCCUUCAUCGUGGAGGCAAGGAGCCGUGGUUGGAGCGGCUGUACUACAGCUGCCAACGGCUGGACAAGCGGGAACGCCGUGGGAGUGUGGACAGCAGCCGGCCGGACAUGGUGCCACGGGCGCUGCUGAAAACCGAGGUGGUGCUGUGGCAGUGGGCCGUCUGGGAGGCGGCGCAGUUCACCGUGUUGUCGAAGCUCCGCACGCCUCUGGGCCGAGCUCAGGACACCUUCCAGACCAUCGAGGGGAUGAUCCGAAGCCUGGCCGCACACAGUCUGAACCCGGAGCAGGACCUUGGCGCCUGGGCCGGACCUGGAAGUGACGGAGACGGCCACCACUCAAACCAACUGCGCCUUACGCUGCUGCUGCAGUACCUGGAGAACCUGGAGAAGCUCAUGUACAACGCCUACGAAGGCUGUGCUAACGCUCUUACUGCUCCACCAAAGGCCAUUAAGACUUUCUUCUACACAAACCGUCAGACCUGCCAGGACUGGCUGACGAGAAUCCGCCUGGCCUUGAUGAGAGUCGGCCUUCUGUCUGGCCAGCCUGCAGUGACUGUCCGCCAUGGCUUUGACUUGCUCGCAGAGUUUAAGAACAGUGGUACCCAGGCUUCAGAGCUGGAAGUUCCCCUUGCACUGCUAGUGGAAGCUCUGUGUGAGUUGCGUUGCCCUGAGGCCAUCCAGGGCCUGGCGGCCUGGAGCCUCCUGACCUCUGGGAAGAACCUGGGCUGGCUGUCAUCGGUUGCCCUACAGGCUGAGGGACGGUUUGAGAAAGCAGCUUUAGAGUAUCAGGAUCAACUCUCUGCUGUGACUGGAAUGGACUGCAGUAUCAAAAGCUCUGACAGUUGCCUACUCAAGCUGUCCAGCAGCACGUCUAGCCCCAAACACACCAGCAAUGGUGACAACAGGAAGACGGUGCUGCUGAAGGCCAGUGAGUGUUCACCUGAGGUAGUCAACUUCCUGGCCAACAAGGCCUGCCAGUGCUAUGUGUCACUCUGUGACUGGGCCUCGGUCAGAGAGUGGCAGGCCACAGCCAGCGCCCUCAAGCAGAACUCCACCAACCCGGUCAGCAUCAACCUGAGGACAGAUUUCAACUACAUCCAGGCUCUGUCCCGCUUCGAGGAGGGAGACCUGGCCGAGUGCCGGGCGCAGCUGGAGCUGCUGCCCGGAGAGGACUACAGCUCUCUUGGCAGCAACAAGGACAAGCUUGAUUUGAAGAGGCUUCUGCCCUCCAUGAGUCCCGAUCCCACUGAGCUGCAGAGAGCCAUCGAGGUGCAACUGCUGCGCAGUGCUGUCGGUGCCAUGGCGAAAGUCAAUCAGCAGCAGGAGCAGAGGAACACGUCCAGUCCAGAUACGUUGGUGCGAUGUUUGAAGCAGACAGGGAGGAUCUGCCUGGGCCCCCUCCGCCUGUCCACCCUCACUCUGUCGGACGCCCUGCCCACCCUGUCCACCCUGCAGCUGCACUGCACCACUGCCCUGGAGAAUACCCUCACAGGCCAAGACGACUGUGUGAUUCCUCUUAGCAGUGAAGCAUUAAACUCUUGUAAACAACAAGAUGUGCAGCUUUUCCUCCAAGCACUAAGAUAUUCCACCUUCCAAAGACAACUUAUCCAAAAGCUCCAGAAGGGUUACUCCUCCUCAAUAGAUGGCCAUCUUUUGGAACUUUGUCUAACCGCUGCCAAAUUUGCCCGCAAGAAAGGCAACAUAGCUCUAGCGUCUCGUCUCCUUGGCCAGUGCAGUGAUGGGACACAGGAAGAGAAGCAGGAGGAAGAUCUGUGUCAGGGGUUUAAGCGGCUCUCUUUGGACGGCACUGUGGGGGAGAAAUGGGGACCAGAGGUUCACAUAGAAAAGGCCAAAGUGCUGCGAACUGCAGGCCAGUCAGUGGCUGCCAUGGAGAUGCUGAGCGGGGCAGCUCUGUCCUACUGCCAGCUGGGGAAGAAUGAGGGUGCAGCCUGCCGCUCUCUGCUGACUCUCUGCAAAUGGUUGCUUGCUGACUGGAAGGACAUGACACCCCAGCUUAAACAGGUGGUAAAGAAGUCAGGAGCUGUGAACUCGGCUGCUUUAGGCAACAUGUCACCUCUGAGCCGAAAUAUAGCCGAGCUGCUGGAGCUUCCUCUGGAAGAUCAGAGCAUUCCUCACAUCACUCCAGUGACAUCAGUGAACGUGGGAGUGGGGGAACCAGACUUUGUUCUGGGCCAGCUCUACCAGCUGUCCACCAGCCUGGCCCCAGAAAUGGCCAAGUCCUGGGCGGCUCUGGCCAGUUGGGCCUACCGCUGGGGCAGGAAGGUGGUGGAUAACGCCAGCCAAGGGGAGGGUCUGCCUCUCCUUCCAGGAGAGAAGAAGGACAUAGAGGAGCUGCUGCCUGCAAACACCAGCGAAGAAGAUAAAGAAACCAUCUUCAGCAUCCUGGGACAGGCCAUGUGUCGACCGACUGGCAUACAGGAUGAGGACAUGGCCCUGCAGCAGGAGGACGAUGAGGACGACAUGGUGGAUGUGAUCUGGCGCCAGUUGACCGCCUCUUGCCCCUGGCUCGGAGACGCCGGCCAGAAUGUGACAGACGGCCUGAUCCGAGUCUGGAGGCGGGUAGUGGACCGGAUCUUUGGACUGUAUCGCGUCUCCUGCCACGCUUAUUUCACCUUCUUGAAGCUGAAUGCAGGACAGGUGCUCGUUGAUGAAGACGACCCGAAGCUCCUGCUGUCCUGCCACGGCGGCAAACAGAGCAACGACGACGUUAUCGUCAUGGCAACGCUGCGUCUCCUUCGGCUUUUGGUGAAACACGCCGGCGAACUGAGGGAGGGGCUGGAGCUGGGCUUGGCCUCCACCCCCACCUCGCCCUGGAGGCGCAUCAUCCCACAACUGUUCUCACGUCUCAACCAUCCAGAGGCGUACAUCCGACAGAGUAUAUGCAGCCUGCUGUGUCGGGUGGCCCAGGACUCGCCCCAUCUGAUCCUCUACCCGGCCAUUGUAGGAUCACUGUCUCUGGGAGGAGAGGCUCAGAGUGCAGGGAGCAAGAUGCCGCCGUCUCUGCCAGCCUUCCUGGGCAGCAUGCAGGGAGAGGACCUGGGCGGAGAGGAGGAGGACGAAGAGGAGGAGCUGCAGAGUGCUGAUGAAGGAGGAGCCGUGGAGGAGAUGGCCACCUGUUCCAGUCAAGACCAAGCCAUGAUGCAAGACUGUUACAGCAAGAUAGUAGAGAAGCUGUCUCUGGCUAACCCGACCAUGGUGCUUCAGGUCCAGCAGCUGGUGGGGGAGCUGCGCAGAGUGACCUUACUGUGGGAUGAACUGUGGCUGGGCGUGCUGCAGCAGCAACACAUGCACGUCCUGAGGAGAAUCCAGCAGCUGGAGGACGAGGUCAAGAGGGUGCAGAACAACAACACGCUGCGCAGGGAUGAAAAGAUCGCCAUCAUGCGAGAGAAGCACUCUGCUCUGAUGCGGCCCGUGGUGUUCGCUCUGGAUCACGUGUGCAGCAUUACCACCGCUCCAGCAGAGACACCACAUGAAACCUGGUUCCAGACCACCUACGGCGACGCCAUCAAGUCUGCGCUGGAGCGCCUGAAAAACCCAGCCAACCCCGCCAACCCGGCCAGCAGCUGGCUUCCCUUCAAACAGAUAAUGAUGAGCCUGCAGCAGCGUGCUCAGAAGCGAGCAAGCUACCUGCUCCAUCUGGAUGAGAUCAGCCCCCGCCUGGUCUCCAUGACAACCACCGAAAUGGCCCUGCCAGGUGAGGCAUCUGCCUCGGACGCCGUGACCAUUCAGAGCGUGGGCAACACCAUCACCAUCCUGCCCACCAAGACCAAGCCAAAGAAACUCUUCUUCCUGGGCUCAGAUGGCCGCAACUACCCAUAUCUCUUCAAAGGCCUGGAGGAUUUACACCUGGAUGAGCGCAUCAUGCAGUUCCUGUCCAUCGUCAACACCAUGUUCACCAAGAUCAACCAGCAGGAGCAGCCUCGCUUUCACGCUCGCCACUACUCCGUCACGCCCCUGGGAACCCGGUCCGGACUGAUCCAGUGGGUGGAUGGUGCCACUCCGCUUUUUGGACUUUAUAAGCGCUGGCAGCAGAGGGAGGCUGUGCUGCAGGCUCAGAAGGCCCAGGACACGUUCCCACAGCCGCAGCCCAUCCCCCCGGUGCCCCGCCCCAGCGAGCUGUACUACAGCCGCAUCGGGCCGGCUCUGAAGGCCGUGGGCCAGAGUCUGGACGUGAGCCGUCGAGACUGGCCCCUCAGCGUGAUGAAGGAUGUGCUGAAGGAGCUGAUGGAAGCUACGCCCUCCAACUUGCUGGCGAAGGAGCUGUGGUGUUCCUGCACCACGCCCAGCGAGUGGUGGAGGGUCACUCAGUCAUAUGCCAGGUCCACUGCUGUCAUGUCCAUGGUGGGAUACAUCAUCGGCCUCGGAGAUCGCCACCUGGACAACGUGCUGAUCGACAUGACCACUGGAGAGGUGGUGCACAUCGAUUACAACGUGUGCUUUGAAAAAGGGAAAAGCCUUCGGGUACCAGAGAAGGUUCCAUUCAGGAUGACCCACAACAUUGAGAGCGCUCUGGGAGCGACGGGGGUAGAGGGCAUCUUCAGGCUGUCCUGUGAACAGGUGGUGCAGAUAAUGCGUCGGGGCAGAGAGACCCUCCUCACCUUGUUGGAAGCCUUUGUCUAUGAUCCUCUGGUGGACUGGACCGCCGGAGGGGAGGUGGGCUUUGCCGGGGCGGUGUACGGAGGUGGCGGCCAGCAGGCCGACAGCAAGAAGAGCAAGAGGGAGAUGGAGAGAGACAUCACUCGCUCUCUGUUCUCCUCCAGGGUGGCUGAGAUCAAGGUGAACUGGUUCAAGAAUCGAGACGAAAUGCUGGCUGUUCUGCCUCAAGUGGAGGAAGCUGUGGACGAGUACUUGGUCCUGCAGGACUUGCUGUGUCGAGGGGAAAAACUGCAGGCCAAACUGCAAGAGGAGAUGGACUUCCUGGACGGGGCAGAGAACCACCCAGACCAUGUGAUCCUCACCCUGGAGCAAAGAUACUCUGAACACACCCAGCUGCAAUCCCAGCAGAGGACAGUGCAGGAGGCUAUCCAGGCCAAGAUGGCUGACCUGGAGCAGUGGAUCUCUCAGUACCAUGCAGCGUUCUCCAGCCUGGAGGCCACCCAGCUGGCCAGCCUGCUGCAGGACAUCAGCACUCCCAUCGACCUGGGUCCUCCCAGCUACGUUCCAGCCACUGCCUUUCUGCAGAACGCGGGCCAGGCCCCCCUGAUCAGCCAGUGUGAGAGCCUGGAGGCCGAGCUCAGCUCCCUGCUGCAGCAGCGUCGGGCUGCCCUGCGCAGUUGCCUGGAACAGCUGCACAGCUAUGCCACGGUCGCUCUGCUGUACCCACGAGCCACCCUGCUGUUCCACAGAGUCCACCAGUGGAAGGCCUGGCUAGAGGAGCUGCUGAGGGACAUGACAGUGGAGCACUGUCAGCACAUCUACAGGCAGUAUGAAGUCCUGUUUGCCCCUCAAACCCCCCCAGCCUCCUGCCAGUUUCUGUCCAACGUGGAGCUGAUGCUGCAGCACCAAGUGGCUGAGACCAACGAGCGGAUGAUGCACCAAGCGGAGCGGCUGAAGGCCGAGGGAACCACAGUGGCAGCAUGCGAGGAACAGCUGCAGGAGAUCGAGAACUGCAUCGGCGUGUUCCUGCGGGAGAACGGAGAGCCGGGAUCCCUGAGCUUGGCUGCAGUCAUCACUUCUGCCCUCUGCGCACUCUGCAGGCGUAACCUGGUGAUGGAGGGAGCAGCAGCCAGCGCAGGAGAGCAGCUGGUGGACCUGACCUCCCGGGACGGAGCGUGGUUCCUGGAGGAGCUGUGCAGCAUGCUGGGUAAUGUGUGUGGUCUGGCUACGUUGCUGCAGCGCUGCCCCCUGCUGGCCCACGACCUGGAGCUCCCCAUGCCGUCGCUGACCACCCAGGCCGUUUACCUGGCCAACGCCGUUUACACCUGCCUCCAGGAACUGAACACCAACUUCAGGCAGAUCAUCUUCCCUGAGGCGCUGCGCUGCAUGAUGAAAGGAGAGCCCACCCUGGAGGCCAUGCUGGCCGAGCUGGAGCAGCUGGUGGAGCAGAGCUCAGACGGCCUCAGCCUGCAGGGAUUGGCUGAGAGUCUGCAGGCCACCACUGGUCUGGACCAUGACAGCCACAGCCACUUCCUGCAUAUCACCAGAAUGCUGCGUGCACAGUACUCUGAGCUGAUCCAGCCUCACAGCAUGGACAGACAAGGCCAAGAGACGCCCAAGAUGUCAGCAGGUCAAAUGUUGCUGGUUGCCUUCGAUGGCAUGUUCACCCAGCUGGAGGCCGCUUUUGGACAACUCACGGAGAAGCUGAGCUCUUUGGAGGUGCCGCCGUCCUGGAGGAAGGUGGAUGUCCUGAGGGAGGCCCGGGCAACGCAGCUCAACUUCUUUGACAGCCUGAGUCAGCGGCAGCUCAUGGAGGAAGUGUUUUUCCUCAAGAGGCUGCAGACCAUCAGAGACUUCUUCCUCCUCUGCUCCACCUUCGCUCAGACUCUGUCCGGUACCUGCCCUCCAGCUGAAGACCUGAUCCCUACAAAUGGACCCGUUGGUUUGGGGAAGCCUCUGUACCGCCGGCCCAGUGGCACUGGGCCGGGUGUAGCACUGCUCACCGAGGAGCAGAUGACCCGCCCCAUCAAGGCCUUCACGGCCGAGUUUGUUCGCCAGAUGCUGAUGGGUCUGCCGAGCCAGGCCAUUGGUUUGGCCCUCUGCAGUACUCUGUCUGCCCUGGGCCUGGAUGUGGUGGCCCAGGUGGAGGCCAAGGACUUUGGUGCAGAGAUCAAGGUUUCUCUGGAUGAGCUGUGUAAGAAGGCUGUGGAGCAGAGCCUGGCGUCGGGCCGGGUCUCCCAGCUGCUCCUCAACAGGUCUACGGUUCUGGCUUCCUCCUACGACACGGCCUGGAAGAAGGUGGACCUGCUCAGGAGGCUGGACAUUAACCUGGACGCUGCAAAGGCCAGCCUGCAGCGGAGCCAGCUGCAUAUCGCAAUGUUUCAGUGGCAGCAUGAGGACGUUCUUGGUCCCAACAAUCAGCCACUGGGUGUCAGUAUUGCUCCUCGACCUGUGAUCCUCAGUAGCAUGAAGAAGAAGCUGUACAAGCUGAGUCAGGAUGAAGGAGCCAUUGUUGCCAUUCAGGACAAACUGGCCUCUCUGGAGGGCAGCAUUGAACAGCGAUUGAAGUGGGCUGGUGGGGCUAACCCAGCCUUGGCUCCCGUCCUGCAGGACUUUGAGAUGACAAUCAGAGACAGACGAGCCACAGUGGCUAGAGACAACCAGCGCACCAGCCAGGUGACCUUCUUGUGCUCCACCAUCCUGAACUUUGAAGGGCUGCGGACCCGUUCCCCAGAGGCGCUCAGUAUGGACGCUGCGCUGUUCGAGCUGCUAAAGCGCUGCCAGCAAACCUGCUCAUACGCUUCCCAGUUCAGCAGCACCGUUUCCCCACUGGAGCUGCAGCUUCUGCACAGACUGGGUCCCGUGAUAGACCUGCCCAUCGGAAGUCCUGAUUGGCUGAACUGUGCCCAGAGGCAGCUGGAGGAGGAGCUAAGCAUGGAGCGCAGGAGUCAGGAGGAACGAGAGCAGCAGCUGGAGGCGUGUGGAGAGACGCUGCAGCUGCUGGUUGAUUCCAUUAAGACCAUUCUGUCCAAUCACAACCGGCAGCUGGCCGAUGUCAAGCACCUGCUGAGAGCCAUGGCCAAGGAUGAGGAAGCAGCACUGGCAGACGGUGAAGAGGUGGCGUACGAAGGCAGCGUGCGACACUACCUGCUGGAGUACAAAGCCUGGCAAGACAACAUCCAGCUGGUUCUGUUCACUGUGGUCCAGGCCAGCGGGCAGCACCGCAGCCAGGAGCAGCUGGACCUCCUGGAGGAGAUCCCUGCCACCCUGAAGGAGCUUCACACUCAGAGCCAGAGCGUCUACAAUGGCCUGGUGGGCUUCGCCUCCCCCCUGGUGACGGACAGAGAGGCUGAAUGCUCCAGUCCUGUUUCUUCAGCUCAGACCAGCUUUGCAGCAGCUGUUCGAUGCAGUGGAGUGAAGACACAGCCAGACUCCAUGUCCCAGAAUGCUCGCAAAGCACUGCCUCGUAACCUGGGAACCCCCGCCGACACCCCGCCCAGCACACUGGUGGUGAACAGCAAAGGCCUCAAUCCCAGUCCAAAGAGGGCCGUAAGAGACCCCAAGACAGGUCGAGCUGUGCAAGAGAGGAACUCGUAUGCAGUCAGUGUGUGGAAGAGAGUGAAAGCCAAGCUGGAGGGUAGAGACAUCGAUCCCAACAGGAGGAUGAGCGUCACGGAGCAGGUGGACUUUGUCAUCAAAGAGGCUACCAACAUGGACAACCUGGCCCAGCUGUACGAGGGCUGGACCGCCUGGGUGUGAGCACCAUGCUACUUCCUGUCUAGGGUCCAGCGAAGGCUUGGAGAUCCACCAGAGUCCUGCGGGACUGGGGUGUCGGAACAGCAGCACCGGGCCACCCGAGUGGGAGGAAAAUGGGCGGCGGCAUCUUAGUCCGCCCCCCUAAGCUCCUGGGCAUCCACACUGGGGGCAGCGGCCUCGCGGCAUCGCUGCAACCACAAACCCCCUCCCCUGCAACCACCGGCGCUCAGGCUAACGCAACGCUUAGUGAGCCCGCUCACCCGCCUUCCUCAUUAGGGGUCGGGUUGGGCCAAACACCUCUGCCGGGAGGGGGAGGGGGACAUGUAGGGGGGGAGAAAGGGAAAGGCCUCCUAACCCUCCUCUUGGAGACACCCACCCUCCACCUGCAUAGCUCACUACACCCAGUUUUCCCCAUGAACAUCGAUGCAUCCUUUUGCACCUGUUGACGCCCGUCUGAGGGUGGGGGGGACAGCAGGAGGGAGCCGCCCACAGCCGACUCUGUGGGGAGGACUCACCGGGGUCAGCGAGGCGUUUCCAUGGCCAUGCUUCUUCUUCUUCUCUACUCCUCUUCCUCAGCGACAUUGUGACGGCGAUUGGUGAUUGGACAGCAGACGACACAGGUAGGGGUGAAAGGUCGGCCGCCGAAGAGAGAGGGACUGUCCUCACACUGUGCUGUGAUUGGUGGAACCGUGGAGACACCGACGCAUCCAGUGUUCUGUGUGGAUUAAACUGAAACGUCCCGUCAUGUCAAAUAGUUUUUGGUGAUCCAGAAUAAAAGCAGUUAUAGUCCCUUCAUCAAGGACCUCUUAGUUUUUUCUUCGCUCUAGAUCUUUAGUCUGUGCCGUGCUUUGGAACUUUCCGUAAGACUGCAUUGCUCCUUUUUUUUUGAGCUGCCUGUUGCAAUUGAGGAAUCUCAGCUCUUCCUGUUUUACAUUUUUAUUCUGAAAAAUUAUGUUUGUGGUGACGGUGAAACGUGUUUAUUCUUAAAUCUUUUAUUGAAUUCUGUUGGAUGCCAAAUAAAUGUGGAACUGAGAACGGUA